AUGUCUUCCUCUUCCUCUUCCUCUGCCUCGUCUUCCUUGGAGCUGCCCUACUUUUGUCCUCGCUGUGGGGACGAGUUUCGCUUCUCAUCUGUACCUGAGCUGAGGGCUCACCUGGUCAGCAGACACACCUAUGAGACCCUGCUGGUGCUGUCGCAGGCUCGGGUCAGAAGCUCCAGAUCUGGUGCCCUACUCCCACUCCCUAGACAACCUGUAUCCCAAAGACAGAGCUCCUCCCUGGGUAUGAGAGCCCACAGCCUCCCCCUGCCGCUGGCCUGCCUGGAUCUGGCCUCGUCAUCCGCCUCCAUCCAGCUGCUCAGGGAAAUGUUCGGCCCCUCUCGUGACCCCGCUCUCCCCUCAUCUCCGGGACCUCCGGAGGGGCCGUCCACCGCUCUGGCUAUUCCCGGCUCUGUGGGGCCUCCUUCAGGUAGGAGCCUCAGCCAGGUGGGUCUCCAGCUGGGCCUGGACCUGGGGCUGUCGGUGGGGAUCGGACUGGAGGAGAGGCUCGGGUUGGGUCUGGAUCACAGAAUCGCUCGGACGUUUGCGGAGGUUGAGGAGAGGGUGAACCGCCGCAUGGGCCGAUUGAGGGUGGAGCUGCAGAGGAGGGAGGCAGAGCUUGAACGGGAGAGGCGAGACGGCGAGCGACUAAAGUGUGAGAAACAGGAAGUAGAAGACAGGGCGUCGUACCUGGCCAGGCAGGUCAGUGCUGCCAUGGAGAUGAUGGAGCAGCUGAAGAAAGAGGUGGACGAGAAAGAGAGAGAGCUCAGUGAACGACAUCAAGAGAUGGUCGACAUUGAGUGUUUCCUGAGAGAGACGGCAGAGAAAGAGGCCGAGGCCAAAUCGAGACUGCAGGUUUUCAUCGAGACGUUGUUGGAGCGAGCCGACCGUGCAGAGAGACAGUUGCUGCUGCUGAGCUCACACGGACGCCAUGACCUCUACGCUCACCACCACAGGUACGCUCACACCCAAGCAUACGCCGACCCCUAUGCUUUCUCUGAGGGAUACACACCUGUACCUGGACGAGGAGGGCGGAGUCUGGACGCCAGCACCGAUGACAUCAUCGCCAACAAGAUGCAGGGAACAAUCGGGAACCGGGAGGCUGGGACGGCGAGGGCGGGUUCAUCCACGUUCAUCCCCACCUCUACGCUUCACCGUGGAUUCGGCGAGAAAGAGGAGGAGACGGACGGAGAGAGAGACGGUGAAAUCCCCUCCUCUCUUGACUCCACCCCCUCCCGUCGUUACGGUGACAGAAACUUGGGGGCGGACACCUUGAAGCUGAGGGCAGGGCUUUUCUGUGUGUUUCCAUACCUGGAUGUUCGGUCUCUGCUGCGUGCCGCCGAGGUCUGCACCGAUUGGAGGUUCGUCGCCAGGCACCCAGCGGUUUGGACACGCCUCCGACUGGAGAACGCCAGAGUGUCGGCAGAAUUCCUGUCCACGCUGUCUCAGUGGUGCACUCAGACUCAGUCCGUGAUCCUCCACAACCUGAAACCUCGGAGCAGACGAGCCAAUGAGGCGCGAGAGGAUUACCACAAGAUCACACGUGGCAGCGUGGAGCCGGGGCUGGAGGCUCUGCUGCGGUCAGCAGGGGGCAGUCUGCUCCAUCUGUCCGUCUCUCAGUGUCCUCACAUCCUCACUGACAGGACGCUGUGGCUCGCCAGCUGCUACAGCCGAAACCUGCAGACGCUCACCUACAGGAGUUCCUCCGAUCCUCUGGGUCAGGAAGUUCUUUGGGCUCUAGGGGCGGGCUGCAGGAACAUCAGCAGCCUGCAAGUGGCGCCAGCGCACCCCUGCCAACAGCCCACUCGCUUUGGAAACCGCUGCCUGCAGACGAUUGGUCGAUGCUGGCCACACAUCCGCUCUCUCAGCGUGGGCGGGGCCGGCUGUGGGACUCAGGGAUUGGUUGCAUUAGUGUGUAGCUGCGCUCAGCUGCAGGUGUUAGAGCUGGAGCGUAUCACCGACCUCGGCCUGCAGGUGGCGACAGAUCUGUGUGAAGCUGGUCUGAAGAACCUUGAGACUCUGAUCCUGACUCACACGCCCGUCAGUGGUCAGGCCAUCCUGCACUUCCACAGCGUGUGUGAAAACCUCCGGUGGAUCGUGGUUGAGGUCUCUGUGGAGGAUUACUUUGAAGAGCCGGACACUGAGGAGUCUCGACAUCUGUUCGGAGAAAUCCUCACAACGCUGAAGGUUCUUCAGAAGCGUCCCGGGCUCUGUGACGUCCUGAAGGUGAAGGCUGAAGGAUUCUGCUGA